UCCUGCAACUCAUAUCACACUUCACCCAGCAACACCUUAAUUUCACUAUCUCCACGUUUCUCUGCCACAACAUCCCACGAAAACUUCACGAUGUUUAUUGAAAAGGAGCAUAAACCAGAAGAAGAGAAAGAACCACAGACCAGCUGGAAAGAUUUUCUCUACAAUCCAAGAACAGGAGAGUUCGUGGGUCGCACCGCCAGCAGUUGGGGUCUUAUUUUGCUCUUCUAUGUGGUCUUCUAUGCGUUCUUGGCUGCGAUGUUCUCUUUUACCAUGUGGGUUAUGCUCCAGACGUUGGAUGAAAAUACCCCAAGAUACCGUGACCGUGUCCCUACUCCUGGGUUGGUGAUCACGCCAAAGUCUUUGGACAUAGUCUACAGCAUGUCAGAUCCACUAAAGUAUGCUCCAUAUAUCCAGCACCUGGAGUCCUUCCUGCAACAAUACAAUGACACAGAGCAGGACAAGAACGAGCUGUGCGUGGCAGGCAAAUACUUUGAGCAGGACGCUGAAUCCCCGAAGAAAGCCUGCCAGUUUAAGAGGAGCUCUCUCGGUUUCUGCUCUGGCUUGGCUGACAACAUGUUUGGAUAUGCAGAGGGAAAACCCUGCGUGCUUCUCAAGAUGAACAGGAUUAUUGGUCUGAAACCACGUGGGGAUCCAUACAUUAACUGCACAGCCAAGACAGAGAGCCCCUUGCAGAUGAUGUACUUCCCCAGUGAGGGGCAUAUCGACAAAAUGUACUUCCCAUACUAUGGAAAAAAAGCACAUGUGGGGUAUGUUCAACCUCUGGUUGCUGUGAAGCUGUUGUUGAGGAAGGAGGACUAUAACAAGGAGGUAUUGAUGGAGUGCAGGGUAGAAGGUACUGACUUGCGUAACAAUGAUGACCGUGACAAGUUCCUCGGUCGUGUCACCUUCAGGGUGAUGGUCACGGAGUAGUGGUGGAGUUGGCAUUCGGCAGACAUUAUGAAAGAGGUGGAGCCAAAAUGUAAUUUUUGAUUCUUCUCGUAUCUUUUAUCAUACAGCCACUGAAUAAACCCAACAACGAGUCAAAUAAAAAAAUCUCCUGUUACAUGGCAUAAGCAGCCCCAUAAACCCUGGGCAAGCUUACGGUGACUCAGAGUCAAAUACAAUCACAGAUCCCUCUCACACCUUUAUGCUGCAGUUUUCUUUUGAAGAAGAAGAGCUUGAAUACAAUGACAUUUGUGCCAUAUACAGGGCAUGUAAAGACUUUUGUGAUAUGUUGAGAGUUUCUGUAGUUUGUUUCUCUAUCUCUCUUUUUUCUCUCUCUCUCACUGCUGUUUUUUUUUGUGUUUUUGUCUUCUUCUGUUUUGUGCUGUCCUUUUCUGCAAUAUUUUAUGAAACCACGCACUGAUUUUUCUGUUGUAAAUCCCAACAAACUUAGUUCUCCUUUGACAAAACAACACAGAACUGUGAAUUAAUACAGUGAAGCUAAGAAAAUGGCAAAGAGGCAGAAUAAUAACUUCAGUGGUCUUUGUGAGAAGAUGAUAACGAUUUUAAACAGUGUUUCACUUGACUUUUUCAGUAACUUGUGCAUUUUUACUAAAUGCCCCAGGUUCAUUUUUUUGUUUUCUCAAGAAAGAUGCAGGUUUAUAUUUCUGACCACCGUAAAAGUACUAACAGCAUUUUGAAGAAGCUUUUCACACAGGGGAAAUUGAAUUUGAACAAAUAUGUGUAUGAAACAAAUUAUUUUUUUCAUGACCUCUGUAGGAAUCUUGAUUUGUGCAGAUACUUUACGACCUGUCUAAUAUUUUCUAAUAAAGGUCAUUUUGACAAGG